UUCCGCUUCAUCCGCCGAGUCUCCAACUUCUGGGCCAGUCCGCCUCGGAGUCCCCUGGGCGCCAGCGGCCGGGAGGCGCGGCCCCGGGGCGCGGGCGCCAUGAGCGCGGCGCACGGCGGAUCGGUGCGGACGCUGCGGGUGCCGGGCCGCCACGGCUACGCCGCCGAGUUCUCCCCGUACCUGCCCGGCCGCCUGGCCUGCGCCGCCGCGCAGCACUACGGAAUCGCGGGCUGUGGAACUCUGCUAAUAUUGGAUCAAGAUGAAUCUGGGCUUAGGAUUUUUAGAAGCUUUGACUGGAACGAUGGUUUGUUUGACGUGACCUGGAGUGAGAACAAUGAACAUGUCCUGGUCACUUGUAGUGGGGAUGGCUCGCUGCAGCUCUGGGAUACCGCCAAACCCACAGGGCCACUGCAAGUCUACAAGGAGCACACUCAGGAGGUAUAUAGUGUUGAUUGGAGCCAAACCAGAGGUGAACACCUUGUGGUAUCUGGUUCAUGGGAUCAAACCGUCAAAUUGUGGGAUCCAAAUGUUGGCAAGUCUUUAUGCACCUUUAGAGGCCAUGAAAGUGUCAUUUAUAGCACAAUCUGGUCUCCCCACAUCCCUGGUUGCUUUGCUUCAGCCUCAGGUGAUCAGACCCUGAGGAUUUGGGAUGUGAAGGCAGCGGGAGUCAGAAUUGUGGUUCCAGCACAUCAGGCAGAAGUUUUGAGUUGCGACUGGUGUAAAUACAAUGAGAAUUUGCUGGUGACGGGGGCAGUUGAUUGUAGUUUGAGGGGCUGGGACUUGAGGAAUGUUCGACAACCAGUGUUUGAACUGCUUGGUCACACCUAUGCUAUCAGGAGAGUGAAAUUUUCACCAUUUCAUUCUUCUGUGCUGGCUUCAUGUUCCUAUGACUUUACUGUAAGGUGGCUGACUGUGCUUGGGAUGAAACGAUAAAGAUAUACGAUCCUAUUUGUCUUACUGUGCCUGCUUGAGACACACUACUCUGGUCAGAAACAAAGAACAUUGGCUGAAGAACUACUUACCAGGAAAUAAAUUAACUAUUGAUAACAUAGUCAUUAUGCUUUUAUAUGCUAUUCAGAUUUCAAAUGUUAAAAACUUACCCUGAAUCAGUUUAGAGGCAGCUGAUACAGGCUUUGGCUCACCCGUUAAGCCUGACACAUAAGCCAUAUUUCUUAAAAUUCUAAGGAAUAAUAGAUGUUAUGGUAUAUCUUACAGUAUCUGUUAAAAUGUAAACUCUGUGUUAUAAAAUGGAUGAAAAUUUGAUUCAUAUAGAUUAUUUGGUAGGGAUAUAUUUUAUUUUAAUUUGUCAUUUUUGAUGUGAAAUAUAAUCACUGCUGUUGAUAAAAAUAAAUUGCAUCUCUUAUCAUUUUAUGACAUUCCCAACAAGAUUGCCUUUUCUAAUAUAGUGUACAUAUGAAUGCAAUGCUGUAUAUAAGGUAGCUAUAUCUUUGCUUUAGCAGCAGGGCUCUAAUACAGAUUUAAUUUUUUUAGCACUUAUUGUGCAUCUACCAUGUGCUUGACAAAUAGACCAAAUGGUUCUCUCAAGGACUGUUUCCAUGCUUUAAGAAUAUGGAAUGCUGUGAAUUGAGCUUUUCUUUUUUUACAGUUCUGCAAAUCUUUUUAGAUAUUGUAUCCAUGAUCCUAUAUUUCUCUUCCUACUUCUCUACUAUCAAAUGUUUAAAAAAGAAAAAAAAAAACUUGUUACUGGGCAAGAAGUCUUAGAUCCUACUAUGGUUUCAAGCAAUUACCCUGGAAACAAACCCUAAAUAAUGCUAUAAACCUUCCUCACUACCUCCCUAAGUGUCCUUGAAAAAUCUCUAAGUGUUGAUGACCUGUAAAAAAAAGUAGGUUAAAAGGGGAAAAGUAGUAAAACAAACAACUUUGCAUAACACUUAUAUUUUUAUAUAAAAUUUAAAAAAUGUGUUAUAAAUGGCAAAAAUUGUGAUUAAGUUUUUAACAAGCUUUUAGAAUUUUUAAAGAGCAAAAUACAGUUGUAGUAAUCAGAAUAAAUUAAAAUAUAUGUAUAUUGUCUAAUUUACAUAUCUUUCUUUACUUAUUCCAGAAAAAUGUUAAGACAGCUUACAAAGUAAAGGAAAAAAUUAGAUAAUAUCAAAAAUAGAACAAAAGGAGACAAAGUAGAGCCAGGAGUAGGGCUUGAAAAUAUAUGUCUCAGAGUCCUAGAAAGUUGCAACUGGCAGCAUAAAUGGGAAGCCUGGUCAAGUACACAGUCCAGUACCCAAGGCCCGAGGGCAAGAACUUUGUCCCAGUCCUGGGCUAGGCCGAGCAUCGUGCCGAGCACAUAGACGGUGCUCAAUAUCCGUUAAAGGAAUGAAAGGACUCAGGGAAAGUACAGCUCUUUUUCGUGCUUAGACAAAUCAAUACUAAUUGUUUUCGAGAAGCCCCAUAAAGAGGACACUGCUUAACAUGAAUGUAUGGUAAGGAACAAGGAGCGCAAACAUCCUUAGAGCUGUCACGACGAUGAGAUUCAUAGAGCUGUUUCUUGUUGCUUCCCUCUACAGGAACUAAUGGCAUCACACCAAGUGCAGUUCAAUAAAAGCAGGUUCACUGUG